CAUAUGAGCAGCUGCAAACUUAACAGAAACCCGGUUGAAACAAAACAUUCCGAAUCAAGCCGUUGAACUUCCUGGGUACUCCAUCAGCCGGGCAGACUGCACAUCAGACUCUGAUGGCCUUUGAGGAAGGAGUAAGGAUUCAUGCUCCUUUACCUCGUUCCAGGAAGAUAACCGGACACACGUCGCAGCAGGAAGGCCGAAGGGAUUGAUUCUCCUCAAAGGAAAAAGAGAAAUACUUUCAACUGGAGCUUUUCACCACACGGAAGUGGUCAGCUACUCAUUUAUGGUACCAGAGUCUCUGAUAUGACGCUCAGUCUGAGUCCAUAUGGCAUUUCAUGUAAAGAUAGGAGGUGGAACUCUGAUGGAAUACAUAAAAGCUCCCAGAGCAAAAUACACGAUUGUAGGAGAAGCUAUACGAUACGUCAUCCCUGGACACAUGCAGUGCUCAAUGGGGUGUGGAGGUGAAGACUGCAAAUACGAUAACCCUGCUUACUGGAGAGAAGACCAACAGGCCAUAAAAGGCCUCUACUCCUCCUGGAUCACGGAGCAUCUUCUUGCCAUGUCCAGACCGUCAACGGAAAUUAUUGAAAAGUAUGACAUCAUUGAUCAGUUCAAAAGGAGUGGCAUCAAAUCAAUCAUCAACCUACAGAUGGCAGGAGAGCAUGCGAGCUGUGGAAAGCCUCUAGAGCCAGAUAGCGGGUUUUCAUAUCGUCCAGAAGUCUUUAUGGAAAACAACAUCUUUUUCUAUAAUUACGGCUGGAGUGACUACGGAGUGGCUAACCUCACCAGAAUGCUGGACAUGGUGAAGGUGAUGGCUUUUGCUCUGCAGGAGGGAAAGGUAGCGGUCCACUGUCACGCUGGCCUCGGCAGAACAGGAGUAUUAAUAGCAUGUUUCUUGGCCUAUGCAACCAGGAUGACUGCUAAUCAGGCUAUUUCAUACGUGCGUGCCAAAAGACCUAACUCCAUCCAGACUAGAAGUCAGUUGCGUUGCGUCAGAGAGUUCGUCCAGUUCCUCGCCCCUUUGAGGACUGUGUUUUCCCAAGCUGAGCCUCGUUCCAACCCAGUUACCUUGUCCCAAUACCUAAACCGCCAGAGACACAUGCUGCAUGGCUACGAGAGAAAGGAGCUAAGGCAUCUUCCAAAGAUCGUCCAGCUUGUGUGCAGACUGUUGGUUGACAUCGCAGAGAAUCGACAGGUGAUUGAGGAAGACAUAUUGGAGGCCCCCGACAUUCAAGACAUAGAAAUGACUUUGAGUGCCAUUGAGAAGAUGGGUCCCGAGUUUUAUACACGGGAGCCACGGUUACCGGGAUCGCCAAUCUUACCGAGGCACUUCAACGAGCCGCCCAUCUUCUACCACCGCAAAAGUCUGAGCUACAGUGAGUCAGACCUGAGGAGGUUGAGCUCUCAGCUCAACCUCCUCACACAGCCACUGACUUCUCUCUCCAAAUCAGAGACAAAGCUCCCCUCGUGUCCAAGCCAAGGUCAGAGAGACCACCCAUCUGACGUCUCCCACAGCUCAACAAGCUCUCUCUGGCAAAUCAAGAACCAGGAAAACGAUGGGACUAUAGUGCUCAAGAAGCUAAAGAAGAAAGCAAUCCAGCGUAGCGAGUCGGUAGGAAACAAUCAACCCCCCAAAAAGGGUAGCAUGUUGUCCAGGUGGAAAGCUGAGAAGAGGGAGGAGCUAGCUCUGAAUGGGACAAAAUACCAAGAUAAAGAAGAACAAUCUGAAGUUCCCUUCAUCACGCUGCAGUCAGAGUUGUCUCUGGAUGGCAGGAGGUUGCUGGUAGCUCAAGCCCUGGCUGUGGACCUGUUUCUAGAGGGGCAGGAGGAGCACAAAAACAAAGUGUUUGCCUGGCAGGGAGAGCUGAACCAAGGCGGUGCGUGGGAGAGGCUGUGCAUGGAGCGCGACCCCUUUGUCCUGACUGGACUCAUGUGGGCGUGGCUAGAGCAGCUGAAAGAGCCGGUCAUCUCCGCCCAGGACGCCAAAACCCUGAAUCCCGAUUGUGAUCCAGAAACACUGCUUGACACACUUGACCAGGCCCCCAGAGAAACAAUAACCUGCAUACUAAAUUGCAUGGCUCAGAUGCUGACGAUAUCAAGGGAAGUUGAAGAUGCGUUCCUGAAUCGAGUCAUCAAGGCUUUCACUUGGAUGGACAUGGACUCUGAAGAUGGAAGACUCGUGUACCCGUCUAUGACUAAAGCUCUGAAUUGUGUGCUGGAACACAAGAGGCUUCUGGUCAUCCAGCAGGAGAAACCACAGGGAUCCACAUUUUCUUUAAUAUAAUCAAACUGUUUCAGUGAACGUGGUGCACUGCAGACAGGAAACAAACAAA